AUUCAAUGUUUCUUUUUUUUUUUUUUUUCAUAAUUAGAAUUCAAUAGUUAUUUUAGCAUACGAAAUUUUUAAUAUCUUAAUUAGGAAUUGGUACCUUAUUAUUUAACAUUAAUCUCGAGGACAAGUCAAAUCAAGAUAUUUACUUUUAAUUUGUUUUCUUUCUAAUUUUUUAAACUUGAUGACUUUGAACCAUGAUUUUCAGAUAGUAAUGGAUAAUAUUUAUUACCUAUGAAUUCUCGAACUUUAUUAUAUAAUACAUUACUUUUCUUUAAUUAAAUGGAAUGACUAAGAGCAAACUUUAAGGUCAGUAAAGAUGUCUAUAAACCAUUUAAAAAUAAAUUAAAAAAAAAAACAAACAAUUUGAAAUUUGGAGAGUGACUGCGGCCUGCGGCAAAUAGGCAACUCCAGGGCGAAAUAGCCGGUGGAAUAGCUUUUAUAGCUCCUGAAAUGACCGGAUAUCAGGGGUUUCCCGCGAAAUUUGCCGGUUUUCUAACAACCUUAACUGUAAACAAAUCCAUCUAAACAACCAAUAAUAUAAAAUAACCCCUUCUCUCCUCUUCUCCUCUUCUCUGUUCUUUCACUUCAUAGCCAUAAAAUUGUUUCACCUUUUUUGUUUUUGUUUUAAGGAUUAAUCUCUUCCUUGCCGACACUUUCUUCACAAAAUUUUCUUAAAACAAAAAUAGUUCGCCUUUUUUUUAAGUGAUCUUAAUUGUCACCAAAACACUCUGUCUUUAGUUUAUUAGCAAGUUCCUUUAUUAUUAUUAUUUUUUUUUAAUUUUAAAUAUUCUUUUAUCAGUCUUGAAAUUAGUUGCAUUAGGUGGAGGGUUGAUAUUUGGUGACAAUUACAUUUUUAAUUCUUUUCUUGGUUUGAAUGGCAAAUGGCUAAAAAGUUUUUAGGGAACUGAAAUGAUUACGUCAAGAAUUGGAGAAGUUCAUUUAGAGAAUAAAUUUGCAGAAUCUAUGCAAGUUCAAGGAGGAAUAAAAUCUUAUAUAGAUUCUUUGAUGUUGUGGAAUUGAUCGAUCAAGAAAUAGUGAACCCAAUUAAGUAGACCAUACGAGAUGCUAGUUGAGGAGGAAGCUGAAGCUGUUGCGAGAAGGAAUGUUUUGGUUGGAAUAAGAAUCGAUAGCCAUAGCAGAGAACUUCUGGACUGGGCUCUUGUUAAAGUUGCUGAACCUGGAGAUUGUGUUAUUGCAGUACAUGUCUGUCGAAGUUCAAGUGCUUUAAAAGACAAGCCUUUGUUAGAUGAUUAUUUGGAAGUAUAUGAAGGACUAUGUUCCUUAAAGAAGGUAGAUCUUAUCGGUCGGGUAUGCACAGGAAUCUCAAUCCAGAGGACUCUGGUUAGAGAGGCAAGGAACCAUGAGGCUAUGGCUGUGGUUGUGGGGAUAAGCAGCCAAAGUGCUCUGCGGGCUUGGACUUCUACUGCAGGAUAUUGCGCUAAGCAACUGCCUCCAACUACUGAUGUUUUGGCUAUCCACAAUGGAAAAAUUGUGUUUGGGAAAUGCAACAGUAAUCAACUACCAGGCUUCUGUGAGGAUCCGAAACCAAGUGUAAUUGAAUGUCAGUUGUCUGAUGAAGUUCGCACUGAAUUUGGAGAUUCCGAGGUAGAUACUGAUAUUUCAAGCUUUGAAGUGCUAACAAUAGAUGGGAGUGAGGACUCGAGAGAUGAGGUCCCUUGCCUUCCUCCUAGCUUUGCAAAUGAAAGUAAGAGGAGAUCAACUUCUCAUUUUAGAGGAGAUAUUUUGGAUCAAAGGCCUGGUUGGCCACUUCUUCGAAGAGCUAGUUCAGUUCGUGCAGAGACCCUGCAGGCAAGGGAACUGUCUGUGGUGCAAUGGGCAAUGAACUUGCCGAUUCGUUCUUCGCUUAAACAUCCUUUAGGUUCAUUUAUAGAGAGAGCAUCAGAAGGGGAGAGAAGUGACAUCUUGGAGGAGAGCAGUAGUAAUAGUUCUUAUGCAUCAGGUGAACUGCAGAAUGGCUUGGAGAUUCUGCUGAAAGCACACUCAUCCAAUUGCAAGUGGUUCAGUUAUGAAGUUCUGAAAACUGCAACUUCAAAAUUUUGCUCAGGAAACUUAAUUGGGAUGGGAGGAUGUAACCGUGUAUAUAAAGGGACUCUUCCAGACGGCAAGCUGGUAGCUGUAAAAAUUCGAAAUUCGUCGGAAGAAGCAAUGAAGGAUUUUGCUCAAGAAGUUGAAAUCAUCUCCUCAUUGAACCACAAGUACAUUACACGACUGACGGGGGUUUGCAUCAAAGAUUUUGAUCUCAUUUCUGUUUAUGAUUACAUCUCCAAGGGAAGCUUAGAAGAAAUUCUACAUGGUAACAACAAAGAAAAAUCUGCACUGUCAUGGGAGCUAAGGUUUAGCAUUGCUAUUAAGAUUGCUGAAGCCUUAAAUUACCUGCACAACGAAUGUUCUCGGCCCGUUAUUCAUAGAGAUGUCAAAUCUUCAAAUAUUCUUCUUUCAAAUGAGUUUGAACCACAGUUGUCUGAUUUUGGGCUCGCGAUAUGGGGACCGACAAGUUCAUCUUUCAUGAUUCAAGGCGACGUAGUUGGAACAUUUGGGUAUCUUGCUCCUGAAUAUUUUAUGUAUGGGAAACUCAGUGACAAGAUUGAUGUGUAUGCUUUUGGUGUAGUUAUACUUGAGUUGUUAUCGGGAAGAAAACCGAUUGUCUAUGAGACUCCUAAUGGUCAAGAGAGCUUGGUUAUGUGGGCAAAGCCAAUAAUUGAGAGUGGGAAUGCAAGAGGUAUACUAGAUCCAAGUUUAGAUGAAAACUUUGAUGAGGCUCAGAUGCGAAGAAUGGUUCUUGCCGCAAAUCUCUGUAUUACACGAGCAGCUAGGCUCCGUCCUAAGAUAAGUGAGGUAUUGAAGCUCCUAAGAGGAGAUAAAGAUGCCGCAACAUGGGUAACCCUUCGAAACAAGGACCUUGAUGAUCCUGAAAAGGAUCUUGAUGAUGAAGUUUAUCCAAAUUCUAGUCCAGAGUUACACCUGAACCUUGCAUUACUUGAUGUGGAUGAUGAUUCUACAUCAUUUAGUAGUUUGGAGCAAGGAAAUAUUUUAUAUAUGGAGGAAUAUUUAAAAGAAAGGUGGAGUAGAUCAUCAAGCUUCAACUAGUUCUUUUUUUCUCUUUUACUGCUUGUUUCAUAGUCCUUGCGCAACCCCCCGCCCUGCAUAUUUUGCAGAGAGGUUGCUUUCCAUGAGCAACCUUACAAUUGCGCCAAGGCUUGCCUUAAGUACCUUGUAAAAUAGAAGGGAUAAAAAUUGUAUGUGCCCCAUGGUGAGGUGUUUUGUAGAUGUAGAUUUGUAGGAAGUCCUGUUCAGAGUGAUAAUGAAAAUGAACAAGGACUCGAGGUCCAGGCCAGUAGGAACUCUUUUCUUUUUUUUCCACUGUAAUAUAUUUUUUUAAUGCGGAAAUAAAUCAGAAUGGACGAACUGUUUGAGAUUUUUUAAUAACAGCUAAGACUAUUCUUUCCU